UAUAAAUAGCUUCAUGGACGCUAGGAACGUCUCAAACACACAAUUCUAUUAUUCAUUGUGAACCAUCAGCUACAUCGUUAAAGCACACACGUACCUUUAACCAAUGGCAGAAACAACCAUCAGUUUUGAGUCCAAGAGGAUUGCUGUUGUUACUGGAGCCAACAAAGGGAUUGGACUUGAGAUUAGUAGGCAAUUAGCUUCUAAUGGAGUUGGGGUGGUACUAACAGCAAGAGAUUUGAAGAGAGGCACAGAAGCUGUUGAAAAGCUUAAGGCCUCUGGUUUCUCUGAUGUGGUCUUUCAUCAGCUAGAUGUAAAUAACCCAACCACCAUUGCUGCUCUGGCAGAUUUUCUCAGAACCCAGUUUGGAAAGCUUGACAUUUUGGUUAACAAUGCAGGAGUCCUUGGAUCCACAUACCUCACCGAUAACGUCAUAGUGGAGCCUCAAGAUAUCUUAGGUUCUACAUCACUGAAAGAAGUUUUAGUGCAAACAUACGAGACGGCAGAGGAUUGCUUGAAAACAAACUAUUAUGGAAUCAAGCAACUCACAGAAGCACUUCUUCCACUUCUUAAAAAAUCAGCAGCAGCAAGGAUAGUCAAUGUCUCUUCAGCACUGGGACAGCUAAGGGCUAUUGCAAAUGAGAAAGCCAAGAAGGAGCUAGGAGAUGUCAAUAACCUCACCGAGGAAAAAGUGGACAAGCUGGUUGAGGAAUUUCUGGAGGAUGUAAAGCAGGAUUUGAUAGAAUCCAAAGGCUGGCCUGUAAACAUGUCUUCUUACAUUGUAUCAAAAGCAGCUCUGAAUGCUUAUACAAGAGUCUUGGCCAAGAAGUAUCCCAAAAUUGCUACAAACGCAGUUAGUCCUGGUUUUACCAAAACAGACAUCAACCAAAAUACCGGGAUUAACACAGUUGAAGAAGCUGCAGAAGGUCCUGUGAAGCUGGCUUUGAUAGCUGACUCUGGUAUUUCUGGCCUCUACUUUGAAAUGACGGAAGAGUCAUCCUUUGAUUGAGGUCAAUGGGAUGAUUGGGAUCCAAAUAUAAUGUAUUGCUUUAAGGUUUAAGAUUUCUUUGUAAUUUUCAAUUUCAGAUUGGCUUUGAAUAAGGUACGAGUACCAUGAUGAGUUGUAUUAUUUGCUCCGUUUGGUAAUCAAUAAAAUAUGUAGUCACUCCAUCGCAGAA